UAUAUUGCGGGAGUCUGAACGAGGCCGUGGCUCUGUUAAUGUUGGCGGGAGCUGAGAUCUGUCUGGUGUUCGCUGUCCGGCCUGGGCUGGCUCUGGUCUAGGGGCUCGCGGGCAGCUCUCCCCGCCUCGGGCCGGCAGAAUGCGGGUGGCCGUGGCCGGUUGCUGCCACGGCGAGCUGGACAAGAUCUACGAGACGCUGGCGCUGGCGGAGCGGCGCGGCCCGGGGCAGAUAGACCUUCUGCUGUGCUGCGGCGACUUCCAGGCUGUGCGCAACGAGGCCGACCUGCGCUGCAUGGCCGUGCCGGCCAAGUACCGCCACAUGCAGACCUUCUACAGAUAUUAUGCUGGAGAGAAAAAGGCCCCAGUCCUCACAAUCUUCAUUGGAGGAAACCAUGAAGCCUCGAAUCAUUUGCAAGAGUUACCUUAUGGUGGCUGGGUGGCGCCAAACAUUUAUUAUUUAGGUUUGGCUGGUGUGGUAAAAUACCGAGGCGUAAGAAUUGGUGGAAUCUCUGGUAUUUUUAAAUCUCAUGACUAUCGAAAAGGUCAUUUUGAGUGCCCCCCUUAUACUCCAGCUACAAUAAGGAGUAUAUAUCAUGUGAGAAAUAUUGAAGUCUAUAAAUUAAAACAGCUGAAGCAGCCUAUGGACAUAUUCUUAUCUCAUGAUUGGCCAAGAAGUAUAUAUCAUUAUGGAAAUAAGAAGCAACUUCUUAAGACUAAAUCUUUUUUCCGACAAGAAGUGGAAAAUAACACAUUAGGAAGUCCUGCAGCCUCAGAACUUUUAGAGCACUUAAAACCUGCUUAUUGGUUUUCUGCACACCUUCAUGUGAAAUUUGCAGCCUUGAUGCAGCAUCAGGCCAAGGAUAAAGGACAGACUGGCAAAAAAACCAAAUUUUUAGCCUUGGACAAAUGUCUACCACAUAGAGACUUUCUUCAGGUAAUAGAGAUAGAGCACGACCCCAGUGCUCCUGAUUACUUGGAGUAUGAUAUUGAAUGGCUCACUAUUCUCAGGGCUACCAACGAUCUUAUUAAUGUGACUGGGCGCCUGUGGAAUAUGCCUGAAAAUAAUGGCCUGCAUACAAGGUGGGAUUAUACUGCCACAGAAGAAGCUAUGAACGAAGUGUUGGAAAAACUGAAUCAUGACCUCAAAGUUCCAUGUAACUUUAGUGUGACGGCUGCUUGUUAUGACCCAAGCAAGCCACAGACACAAGUGCAGUUGGUUCAUAGAAUCAAUCCUCAGACUACUGAAUUUUGUGCCCAACUUGGCAUCACUGACAUUAAUGUCAGGCUUCAGAAGGCUAAGGAAGAACAGCAGUUGUGUGGUGAAUACGAAGAGCAGGAUGAUGUGGAGAGUAAUAACUCUGGAGAAGACCCUAGUGAAUACAACACAGACACGUCUGCCCUGUCCUCUAUUAAUCCAGAUGAGAUAAUGUUGGAUGAAGAAGAGGAAGAUGAAGACAGUCUUGUAAGUGCACAUAGUGACAUGAAUACACCAUCUGUGGAACCUUCUUCUGAUCAAGCUUCUGACUUUUCUGGAAGCUUCUCUGAUGUCAGGAUCUUGCCAGGUUCCAUGGCUGUAUCUUCUGAUGAUACGUUGGGUUCCCCACUUGGCAGAGAGGGGAAACCUGGUGAGGCUGUGGACUCAGGAGAUGGAAAGGACUUACCUGAGGUGACACUGAAGAGGCUGAGUGAUGAACAUGAACCUGAACCAAGAAAGAAAAUUAAGAGGAGGAAUCAAGCCAUCUAUGCUGCAGUGGAUGAUGAUGACGCAGCAUGAGGCAGUUUCCUUGUCUUUAUAUGUAGAUAUGUGAUUUUUAAGACUAUAUUUUUUACAGUUAGAUUUUUGACUCAAGACUUACCUUUGUAAUAAUGAAGUUACAUAAGAGAAUUUUAGUUAGGUAUGGACUUUGUCUUUAGGCCUUUGUAUGUUUCAGGUGUGAACAUAUUAAAAUUUCAUAUAGUUACUUGAUUGAGUACCUUUUUUGGGAAGACAUAUUACUUUCAUUUUUUCAGCAAACAUUGAACACCUACUUUGUGCCAGGCACUUUUCUAUAAGGUGGCACUGUAAAGAUGAGUAAGACAGGGAUUUUUGCCUUUGGGGAGUUACUACUACUGUAAAUAUUUUGGUGAAUAAAAUAUGGUAUAUUUAUA